ACCUCUGGAUGCUGCGCAGCGCGCGCUUUUUACUCUCAGUCACCCGGCAACUCGUACCUCGUGCGGUAGUACUCCAGGCCCUCGCACGUGCACACUACAGUGGAGUAAAACCCACUUCAAACAACUAUUCGAAAUCCAGCAUGGCCCCUCAACUCCUUCCGGCAGCAUCCGGCGAGCUGAUCGUCAAAAACGCUCGCCAUCUCACCGUCCACGAGGAGGCGAUCGAAAAGCUAGCGGACCGUGUCAUCCGCGGCAUCAAGGAGAAGGAAAUUAACAUCGAAAACUUCUCCCAGCACGAGCACCACCCGACGGCGAAGGAUGCACACGCGCCCAACUGGAUCUUUCUGAUCGAUACGCUUAACUUCUGCUUCUGGACGCCGGGAAGCGAUGCCACCAAGUGGAAGGUGGACGGCCAAACCGGCUACUUUGCGCUGUGUGCCGCCAUCAAUCGGGCCAUGCGCGAGGGCAUCGACAUCACCAACCCGGCGUACUAUGCAAAGAUAACGCUCGAGCAGCUCGAAUCGAUUCUACGAUCGGACACGGAAGGCACGAAGGCACCGCUGCUGGAAGAGCGGGUACGCUGUCUGCACGAAGUAGGCCGCGUACUGCUCGACCGGUACGAGGGACGGUUCGAAAACUGUGUCCGCGCGUGUGAAGGUUCCGCGGUGAAGCUACUUCAGCGCGUUGUGGAAGAUUUCCCCUGCUACCGGGACGAGGCCAUCCUCAAGCAUGAAGCCGAUGGUGCAACGAUCGAGACACGUGUUUCGUUCUACAAACGUGCGCAGAUCUUGGUGGGAGAUCUGUGGUCCUGCUACCGAGGGGAGGGAUUGGGCCGGUUCGACGACAUCGAUGCGAUUACAAUGUUUGCCGACUAUCGGGUGCCGCAGGUGUUGGUCCACUUCGGCACGCUCACGUACGGGGACGAGCUGAUGGCAGUGCUGAAGGAGGACAAACUGCUCGCGAAUGGAUGCCGCGAGGAGAUGGAAAUUCGUGGCGCAUCCAUCUACGUGGUGGAGCGGUUGAAGGUGCUGGUGCGGGCGAAGCUGCUCACCGACCAUCCGGACAUUAAGCCGAGCUGCGUCAAUGCGAUCCUGCUCGACCAUUUCCUGUGGGACUAUCGGCGGAAGCACGCGGCCGAGCUGGAGUACAUUCCGUUCCACAAGACGAUCAGCGUUUACUAUUGAGCGAGCCACGGUCAAGUGAUCGAGUGCGGAAUUGGGCAAAGAUCUGCAUCUACAUUUUUGUGUUUAAGGGAACUUUGAAGAUCAAUAAAAUUGGCAGCAAGCUCAUAUCUUAA